AUGAGUGUCAACUGCAACAAACUGGAUAUCGUACUGUCGUUAUUGAUACUUCAAUUUCAGGCGUUAGAUGUUGAACCUGAGCACAAUAUGGAAGCACCUGAACAUCUGCUCAAUGACAUGGAGCUUGAUCCAGCGCGUGCUCUGAAUGCUGCUCCAGCGCCAGCUCCAGCUGCCGCUGCACCGUGUGAGGCAACCACAGCGAUACAGAAACCGACUGUGACUCCAGAUAAGCCUUCAACAUCAUCCGCAAAUGAAGACAAUUCGUUUGUUGCUCCAGUUCUGGAAGGAAGAGACAACACUCAGCUUCGUCGUCAAAUGGCAAGUGUUGGAAAACAACCAAAGGCUAGUCAACAGCGAAAAAAGAGGGACCAGGUGGAAAGCCUCUACGACUCACUGACCGACUAUUUCGAUCCCACUGAUGGACGUCGCCAACGAAAACGGACAAAAACAUUGGAGGAGGAGCAAGCGGAUCAGCGUGACUUGGAAUUAAUAGCUGCAAUGGAGGCGCAGUCGGUAUCAAAUUCAGCAGAUGUAUCGGCUGCAGAGCAUAGCGAUGAUCAUAAGCUUGGAGACACAAGUGAUGACGAUCGCAAGUUCUAUGAGAAGAAAGACCGGCGCAGAAAGAAGAAAGACGAUGUUCCCGAAAGGCCUCCUACUCCAACUGAUGGUAACUCUCCACGCAAAAACCUCCAAAGCUCCCUAAUUGUGAAAUUUUUUCUAGUCAUACAAAAACGUGAUCAAGAAUGGACAGAGCGACAACGAAAACGGCAAGAAAAAUUCAGGCGACGGAAGGGUAACGAAAGUGAUCAGGAAUGUUGGAAUAAUGAUGUUAUGGCAGAACAUGAUUCAAGAGCUCGUCUGAAUGUGAUCAUUGAUCAGAUUUUUGAUCAGGUCGAAGAUAUAGAUAUGAUGAACAUAGAGCAAAAUGGGAAAGAUGAGGAUGGGGACGAUGACGAUGAGGGUGUCAGUCAGGAAUUACUGGUAGAUCGUUCGGUAGUGGAUGAUCUACGCAAUGAAGUGCAGAAGCUGCUCACAUGGAAAAAGCUGACGACAAUACCGUCUGAUCGGCUCAUAAAACUGAUUACCAUUUUGGAGCGGAAUAUGCGCGACGUUGUAAGCUCUGACGGCACUCGUCUCCUUGUCCCAAUAAUUGCUGAUGACGAUGGCGAAGAAGACGACCAGGCUCUCCGUGAACUUCUUGAUGAUCGUCUAAUUCGCGGUGCCGAUGCUGCAUGUACAACAUUGAUGAUCAUGACUUGCCAUAAAAUGCCAAAACAGGUUUAUAUAGAGGAUGCUAUCGAGCGCUCCAUCAAUCUCUGUCGACAUUAUUUGAGAAGUAUUGUCUACCCUGCGUCGGAUCCCUUAUAUGGACCAGGAAGGAAACAGAAAGCGCACAAAGUGCAUUUUUCAGCGGAUGAAAAGCGACGAAAAAAGAUCGAGCAUGUUCAGCGAUCUCCAACUGUGCAGUUGCUGUAUUCCAGAAUGACUGAUCUUGUUCAUAGCUUUUCGAAUCUCGUACGCCAAACUGAACUUGCAGAAAUGUGCCUUCAUCACCUCGCUUCAAUAUCUAUCCAAGCAUUCUUUGUGAACAAUGUUGGAGAACUGCAGCAAAAUGCAUGUAAUUUGGCAGCGAACAUUUUCACGAAUGCAAAAGAACACGUGCGUAUGGGAAUGCUGAACGACAUCUUGAACUCCCUUCAUCGUUCUCCAUGUGGUCGUAAUGCGAACAAUGGUUACAGAUUCGGUCCAGAUCAGUGGAUAAGCAAUACUACAGUGCUUGUGCUCCAACUUCUGCAGAGCGUUGUUAGAAUACCUGAAAGAGUUCAUCACAAGGGAGAUCACAACGAUGACCCUGAUUCCGAGCCGGUCAUGCAGUCUGACUCUGUUGUUCCUACUACAUAUAAAGAAGUGCAGACGCUUGCUCAAGCUUUCGCAUCUGGCUUUCUCAGCAGGUGUUCAUCGAAGGGAAACAAGAACGAGGGUGAAGAAGACUAUCGUGCGCUCUUCGAUAGCUUCCUACAAGACAUGCUAACUGCCUUUAAUAAACCGGAGUUCCCUGCGGCCGAAAUGUUUCUGCAGGUUGUGGGUAAUCUUCUUGUCAAAAACUGCCGGAACAAGAGCGCAGAUAUUGCAAUUCGGACGGUCAGUCUCGAAUAUCUCUCGCUUGUGGUGAAAACCAUCAAAUACGAGGAUAAUGUGCAAGAGGAUGGAACAUCUCUGUGGCCAAGUGUAGCCGACGUCGAUAUUUCCGACGUACGUUCUUUGUGUUCAUCGAAGGGAAACAAGAACGAGGGUGAAGAAGACUAUCGUGCGCUCUUCGAUAGCUUCCUACAAGACAUGCUAACUGCCUUUAAUAAACCGGAGUUCCCUGCGGCCGAAAUGUUUCUGCAGGUUGUGGGUAAUCUUCUUGUCAAAAACUGCCGGAACAAGAGCGCAGAUAUUGCAAUUCGGACGGUCAGUCUCGAAUAUCUCGGUUUGAUCACGUCGCGUUUGAGAAGCAGCAUGAUAUGGUCUAUAGAAGAUUCUAAAGAGCGCAUGGAUCUUGUGGUGAAAACCAUCAAAUACGAGGAUAAUGUGCAAGAGGAUGGAACAUCUCUGUGGCCAAGUGUAGCCGACGUCGAUAUUUCCGACUAUGCCGUGAGAUUUUAUUGUUGUGUAUGGUACAAAGAGAUUCUCGAAGAUUUGCAAGAACUCGAAGCAAGAUAUGCUGAAAGCAAGCGCGAGAACUUGUCCGAAAAGGAACAUCGCAAAAAUGAGUCUCGUCAUAUGAAGAAGGUAAAACGUGCUCAGGCGCAAAAGAUCUUUCUUAUUGAUCUUCUGGGUCGCAAAAAGGACAGGCAAAGGAGAUAUGAGAAUGCUAAGCGUUUCGGUAGUUCUAUGCUGGAAUCUGACGUAGCUUGGUGCAUCAAAUAUCUUGCUGCUAAGAGAGAAUUCACUCAUUCUUUCGAUUCUUUCCUGAAACAGAUUGUCACUGGAAUUACCAGUGAGAGUACUGUGAGCUUAAGAACGAAAGCGAUGCGUUGCCUGACUCAAAUAAUCGAGAGUGACCAGUCUGUUCUUUUGAUGCCUGAGGUUUCUUCUGCCGCUCACAAUCGUAUGACUGACUCGAACGCUGCAGUUCGCGAAGCGACGGUUGAGAUGAUUGGAAAAUUCGUUGUUGCGAAUUCUGACGCAAUUCCUACGUACUAUCCUCUGCUCGCCGAACGCUUAAUGGAUACCGGUGUUGCUGUCCGCAAACGAGUGAUUCGGAUAAUGCGAGAAAUCUGCGAAAAAUUCCCGAAUUUCGAGCAGAUACCAACUAUGCUCGCUCAAAUAGUGCGCCGUGUACAGGACGAAGAUGGAGUCAAGAAGCUUGUUUUGGAAACAUUCCAAGCCCUUUGGUUUCAACCAGUAUCUGAGCGUAAUACACCAGCGCUCCUCAAGAAGGUAAUCGUGAUGACGAAAGUGAUCCAAAUAUGUGCUGAAGAGAUGAAGCUGGAGGCUAUGGAAGUGCUCUUCCAUUCUUUGCUGAAGCAAGGCGACAGGAGUAGUCUAGCCGCAAGUCGACAAAUCAUUGAUAUGUUCAUGGAUAACGUCCUUACGAUAGAGAACAAGAUGGCGACAGAGAAUGGUGUAUCCACAAACGCAUCGAACGACGAUCUGACGGGAGCUGAAUUGCACAAAGCCAAUCAGGAACGACUUUUGGCAUGUCUGAACACUCUUACCUUGUUUAGCAAGGUUCGGCCCGAACUUCUUGUUAGACACGCGGAAACUCUCCAGCCUUAUCUCUCAAUGAAUGCAACGCAGAAGUCGGAAGUGAUGGUAUUGAAUGAAGUCAUUGGUAUGCUGGAGCGAGUUGUGCCUCUCAUGAGCCACCCAAGUGAUGCUUUUCUUACCACUCAAGAUCAAACUCUUGCGAAUCUAACAGCGAAUGCCAGCGGUGUAACAACAACUACCGUAACCAUCAGUUGCAUGUCAGCUAUUUGGCAUCGUUUUGGACGUCCUGAAGUUCCUGCCAUCGCAACGAUUUUCAAGACUUAUUUAGAAUAUCUUGUCCGAGUUAAGAAUGGCCUAAAGAUGAUGCCCAAUCGUCAGCUGGACAAUCCUAAAGUGCUUCGCAUUCAGAGGUGCAGUUUCUUUUGGCGUCGUGUCAGGGCAGCUUUGACGUUGACUUCUAUCAUAACAAAGAUGCAAGCUUCGAUCAGGGCACUUCUGAAACUACUUCAUUAUAGGUCAUACUUGUGCCCGGUAGCGCACCAAGGCAAUCGGUACCCUGAGUAUUUGAUGUGCCGUGAUGUAAAGGACAUGUACCACGUCUUGCUUAGCUCUGAUGAUCCUAACUUCACCCAGAUGCGGCUACAGGCCUUGCAAAAUUUGGAAGAGUUUCUUGAAAUCGGAGGAGUUGAAGCUCAUCAAAGGCGAUCAAAAUUGUACGUCAUUCGUAAUUUAGUGGCGAAUCUGACGUACAGUCAAGGUUUGGUUACACCGGGUACUUCAAUUGCGACGCUUAUAGCAAUGACAACAGAUCCAUUGCCGAUAGUUCGAAGUCGUGUAGAGGGUAUGCUGAAGGAUAUCGAUACAAAAUACGCAGGAAUGAUACAGAGUACCGCCACACAGGGUGUGCGUAAGGCAUAUCAGCUUCAGCUACAAAUCCGUGAAUCCACUUCUGAUGGCGACCACGUCAUUCGUGGUAUUCGUGCUUGUGAUGUCUCCCCAUACGCUACCACUGGCGCUCGUAUUGAUCCAUCGACCGGCCUUCCUCGUCAUUCCAAUGACGGGCAGGCUGUCUUGAGCGGUUUAUACCAGCGUCUUCGCACCAAUCGACAACAACGGAGAUCUUUCCUCACAAGCGUUUUGAGACUGUUCAGUGAGGAUUCGAGGGAGAAACUCCGGCUUGAGGAAUGGAUUUUUGUUGCGGACAACAUCGCCAUGUUUCCUUAUCAGGUUAUGGAUGAGCCGCUAUAUGUGAUCCAUACCAUUGAUUCGAUUGUGUCAUUGUCUGGGCAGUCAUUGCUCAUUCAAUACCGUUUCCCUGAAGAAAAAGGCCCGUUAUAUGACCUCAUGGACAACAGCCAAGCGUGCUUUAUUCUACUCUACCUCAAGAACUUUCUAAUGAAGCUUUAUGGGUUUACGGAAGCUAAAGUUCAAGAAUACUCUCCAUCGGAAGCGGCUAAAGUUUACGAGAAGGCGUUGUCAUCAAGGAAAAACGUGCCAAUGUUCAAUCCACUUGCGGCUCUUGAUGGAGGACGUCGACGUGACGGCCAUACUGAUCCAGUAGCAAAUGAUCGACAAAGCAUUCAGAGUCACUUCAAUUUGGCGACCAAGAUCUGUAACUUCCGAAAAAUGUUACUGUCUUUGGAUCGAAUGGAGAACGAUGGUGACAGCGACUAUGAGGGGGAGAUCAGUGUUGCUCCGAAAGACGAGGACGAAAGUGCUGAUGGAUGUAUGGAAACGUCUGCCGAUAAUGAUGUCGAUAUGUAG